CUCCCCUCCCUCUCCUUCCUGCUUCAUCUCUUCAAGAAAGUGAACAUAAAGUAAAAUACGGAGAGAGAGAGGCAGAGAGAGAAAAAGCUCCCUGAAGAGGGAAAGCCCCAGCAGCAAGUAGCUGUUUGGAUUUGCCUGGUGCUGCCUUUCUUGCUUUACUCCUAAGGAAUACCUUUAAUGGGAUCAAUUGCUUCAGUUCCUUUAUAACCAAGUCCACCGGAAAGGCAGCCUCAACAUAUUAUGGGCAACUGUGUGAAGUCUCCUCUGAGAAACCUCUCUAAAAAGGAUAGAGAACUGCGUCCAGAAGAAAUUGAAGAAUUAAGAGAAGCCUUUAAGGAGUUUGAUAAAGACAAGGAUGGGUUUAUUAACUGCAGGGACCUGGGGAACUGCAUGCGGACCAUGGGCUACAUGCCUACUGAGAUGGAGCUAAUAGAGCUCUCCCAGCAGAUCAACAUGAACUUGGGUGGCCAUGUGGAUUUUGAAGAUUUUGUUGAGCUGAUGGGACCAAAACUUCUAGCAGAGACUGCAGACAUGAUUGGUGUAAAAGAACUCCGUGAUGCCUUCAGAGAGUUUGACACCAAUGGAGAUGGGGAGAUCAGCACCAGUGAGCUGCGAGAAGCCAUGAAGAAACUUCUAGGGCAGCAAGUGGGUCACCGGGAUAUUGAAGAGAUCAUCCGGGACGUGGAUCUGAAUGGAGAUGGGCGUGUUGAUUUUGAAGAGUUUGUUCGCAUGAUGUCCCGUUGAAGAUUAUUCUCAGCUAAAGAAGAAUCAGCACCUUAGAGAGGGCAGAAGAGGACCUAGAUGGAGCAUCUAGCCCCGAUGUUCCUACAUGAAGGUUUAUCGGCUGGCUGCAAUUAGGACAUUGCAAGAUGACCUGCUGCUCCUCCCUCAUGGUGGUCCCCAUGCCCCUCCACCCUUUCACACUGUGAAAGACUUGCAACUUCCUACAACUGGAACCAUUCCUUGAAGAAGAUUGCAGGAAACUGCAGAGCCAGGACUUGCCAUGAUGCUUUCAUGGGAUAUUUGCAACUUUAGACUCCUCCUCCCCAGCUUUAUUCUCCCACCAGCUGCUGCAAAGCAAAAGCAGGAGAAAUCCUCUUGGCUUGGUGGAUGAGAGCAAAGCCAUUGGGACUGGUGGCAGCCUCAGGGCGUGCUCUGCACUUCUUGGUUUCCCUUGGUGAACCCUGUCUGUGUUUGCUGUCUCAGUGUGUGUCUAUCUGUGUGGAGUUAUUUAUGCUUCCCCAACACUUAUUUGCAUCUCCUGUGGUUAUGUUUACCGAGAGUAAAUUCAAAUAUAUGUCUUUUGGGGGGAAAGUGAUAAAUAUGCACG